AUGAUUAAUACAAUUUUAGAUGUAUUAGUAGAAGAUGCAGAACUUGCUGUGGGAACUGAAAUUCUGGGGACACUGGGUGGUAAAGAUGUGGAGAACAUCAAGGAUGGGGCUCACAGAGUGGUGAAGAUGCAGAGUUGCCAGGAACAUUAGGUAGUUAGGGCAUGGGGAGGUGUGGAACACCAGGUGGUGGGGUCUCCAAGGAACUGGAACGUUGUCUUUCAAAGCCCAACACAUUCUGCCUGGCACCUGCAGCUGUUAAAAGCAGAUAGAGACCUAGCUGCUUCUGCCAUAAAAGGCAACUGUGAUCCUCAGAAAGCGACUUGUGCUGUCUACCGAAAGAUUUUACCAAGACUGGGAAACAGACCUUUUCCUGAAGACUCUUUCUUUGCUCAUGUUACAGCAUCAGAAAGAAACAACCACUUCCAAAAAUAUAUCAUAAGCAUGGAUGGCAAGAAUAAAACCUCUCAGCAAAUGCAUAGUGGUAAGGAGUCAAACGUAGCAGCAAGCAAACUGAAUUAUAUUCCUGAAGCACUGCAGGAGGUCAAAAAACAUCUUGGGCAUGGAGCAGCAGAAAAUACAAUGGAGAAAAUAAAAAUGACAAAGAAAAAGAAGGAAAGACAAAGUAAUGAUGUAGACGGAGCAAACCAUAAACGUAAAUCAGAAAACAACAAAAAGCUGUCUGUGAAAAAAGAAGAAACAAUGCUAGACACUAGCAAUCAGUUAAUCCCAACACCUCCAUCUCAUAUUCCUCUGAAAAGCCUAACAGACAUAGAAAUGGAGUUGGUCUACACUGAUGAGGAAGACAUUCCCUUUGAGUUUUCUGAGCCUGUGGCACCCACAAGCACACAAUCAGUGGGUCACGAUUCUGAAAAAGCAGAUGCUCUGAGUGCAUCUAAUGACGACGCUUUGCCCCAGAUUGACAAACAGCUUCAGACGAUCCUGCAGGAAGCCAGCACUUGCUACAGGCAGAAUGACUACACAGCAGCGGUGGAGAAGCUUUCAACAGCACUGGAGCUUUGCAGUAAAGGAACUGCUGUAGACAAUAUCUUUGACUCAUUUCCAGAAGAUAUUUCCAGUAUUGCCAGUUUUAUUGAGACAAAGCUUGUAACCUGCUACUUAAAACUGAGGAAGCCCGACGACGCUCUGAACCACUCACACAGGAGCAUUAUUCUGAACCCAGCUUAUUUCCGGAACCACCUGCGCCAAGCCGCUGUUUUUCAGUACUUAGGGAGAUACUCUGAAGCUGCGAGGAGCGCCAUGAUUGCUGACUAUAUAUACUGGCUGACAGGAGGCACUGAGCAGCAUACAAGCAAGCUCAUCAAACUGUAUUGGCAGGCUAUGUUUGAAGAAGCCAUCACUAGAGAAGUAUCAUUUUCAGUUAUGUACACACCAUUUGUGACAGAAGUCAACGCUGACAAAAUAAACAAGAUAAAGGACAUAUUUGCCAAAAAGCACCCUGAGUAUGUAGAGCACAUAUAUACAGAUCCCUAUGGACUUCACAUCUUGCCACAGACAGCUGAGUGGCCAUUCCUGCCUCCCCAGCACUAUUUACUGACUCUGGGUUUCAGAAGCAAAUAUAUCGGAAAAAUCUUGGAAAGGUGGUCAUGUAGAAAACUGCCAAUCUUUUCAGACCGGAAAGCACCUUUCUGUCCUGUCACAGAAGAAGAAAGAAAUGCGUAUUGGAUUAACACUGGGCAAAGGAUCAUGCCAGUAAUAGAUUUUAUAAGAAGCACCAAAUUAACUGACAAUCGCUGUCCGUGUUCACGUGGGAUAGAGAAGUUGCAUUACGCCAGCUUCCUCGGUUCUUUGAGGAGAGUCAAGGAACAGUCCCAAGUGAUUAAUCAAGUGAUGGCUGAGCUUGCAACCGUUCCCUACCUGCAGGACAUCAGUCAGCAGGAUGCCAAACUGCUGCAGUCACUAAUGGCAGAUGCCAUGGACACCCUUGAAGGAAGAAGUCAUAAAGGACGUGUGUGGAAUAAGAUUCAGAAGAUUGGACUAAUCGAAGACUACUUACAUCGAGCAGAAGACAAUUACUUAAGCAAUAAAAGGCAUAGAAAAGCUAAGAUGGAAAGGAGGAGAAUGAAGAAGAUUCAAAGUAGACAGCAACUUCAGAGACCAAGAAAUAGACAACUAUCCCUCACCAGCCCUAAAGACACGACAAUACAGUGA